GUGUUUGCAGUGGUGGACAUUAGUUGCUUACCAAGGUGUGUCCUGGUAGAUUAUAAUGGCCUUUGUUGUGUAUAAAAGCAGGUGACCACAAGUCCUGCCUCUCUUAUAAUCUCUCAAGCAAUAGUGAGAGACAAGAGGAGCCAUCUCAUUUGCUGAUCAGAUCACCUACAGAUUAUCCGUCUAAAUGAGCAUUCAGAUGUGUCUGAAACAGGUGCAAAGAGUUUAUUACUAGGAUGAGAAACAUUGAAACCUGAAGAAGAUACUGCUGAGAACAGAAGCAAAAAGGCUACUACUUUGUUUUAGCUUGAUGCUAGAUGGAUUGCAUGUACAGUGCCAUUGCUUGUUUGGAUUGGUUUCUUGGACUUAACAAGCGCAAUAACUGAUAUCUCAGCUGUAACUUCAACCAGAAGAUAGUGUUCUGCGCUCUCACUCACCUUGAAACAGGAGCAGCCGAAAUGGCUCUUAAAGGAAACUUCAUCUCUGUUUGAGAAUCAACUUUGUUUGCGGACCCACUUGUGAUCAUAUUAGUAAGCACCACCAUGUAUGUGCUGUGCACCAUGGUGUUGCUUUCUCUCCACAGCCUGUUUAAAAGACCCAAGAUCCUUGAACUCCCAGAACCCGCAGCUGUAGAGGACCCCAAGCAGUCCAGCCCGGAUGCAAAACUCGGACGCAGGAAGAGAUCCAAACAUCCCUGCUCUGGAAUUUCUGGAGCCCUGCAGAAAUCAAAAGUCCACAGGCAGCGUGGUUUUGAAAGCUGUCUGGAAGGGACGCUUUGGAAACUAAAGAAAAUUAGAUCUGCACACAUGGAGAACAUGCAUGCUAGGAGGAAGUCAGUACAGCCGGUCCAGCGGUACAGUGCGGGUCUGCUCGGCCCUGCGGUCAUGUACGGCACACGAAAGACCUGGGACGUCGGCCACACCCCCUGCCUGCAGGAACUUUGGAACACAGACCUCUCAUUGGACGCAAGUUCUCUGGAUAUACUGAUGAGUGAUGGUGAGGAGGAGAACUCCUUCCUCUCAUUGCCUGACUCAGUCCUUCAGCGCCAUUGUUUGACCUCUGACCUCUCUGAAACAGCCACCUCAGAACAACAACAACUCCUGAUACAAACGCUACAGGAACGGGUUUGUGAGUUUCAGGCACGCCUGCGCAGUGAAGACGCUGCUAAACGACUCCUGCUACAGAGCCUGCAGACACACGACCAGCUCAACCAACAACAUUCAACCAGUAACCAAGAACCUUACGGGGGACCCAGACUGCAGAGCAGUCAGCUCAACCAAGCUGUAUCACCUGCGGGUGCAAGGGCCUCUAAUGCUUUAAAUCCAAAGCCUGUGGAAGUAAACACGGUUCAAUCACAGGAGCGACUCCAAAAAGACGAGGGGGAACAACUGGCUCUCAUCACGGGGCUACGCACACAGGUCAGGGAGCUGGAGGAGAAACUAGUGGAUCAGAAGCAGGAGGUGGAGAGACUGCGCUCUGAGCUGGGGGCGACAGAUCUGGAGAAGCAGCUGGAGGUGCUGGAAAGUGAAAACCAGCGUCUCAAACAAGAGCUGAAGGCCAGUCAAGCCCAGCAGCCCCAGACCACCUGCUCUUCUGCCCACUGUCCACACAGCCAGGAUGUGGAGGUCUUGCAGGGCGAGCUGUGUCGUAAGGAGGAGGAGUGCCACAAGCGUGAGCAGCAUGUGUCUCUAUUGGAGCAGCAGCUGCAGGAGAAGACGGCUCUGGUAGUACAGCUUCAGCAGCAGUUAGACAAGGCCACACGUCACAGACACGAGCUCCAUCAGCAGCUAGAAGAGGCAUCGCUGCACAGGAGCCAGAGCGAGGAAGAGCUGACGGCACGGCUUCACGACGCAGAAGAGGCUCUUUCACGUCAGGCUGCGCUGCCCCCACAGGUCAAGUAUGUGACUAAGACGGUUGAAGUGGAGUCGUCUCAGUGUAAGCUGGCUUUAAUGGAGGCUCAGGCUCGUAACCAGACUCUCCAGGAACAGCUGGGCGUGCAGAGACAGCUACUAAGAGAGCUUGAACAACAGCUUCAUGAGUCUCAGAGAACCAGCAGUCAACUACGCCAGCAGCUUAAGACGGACCGUGGUCGUCUCUACGGUCUGCUCUCCAAGGCAGUGGGUGGGGGUAAAACGGAGGUCACCAGCAGGCUCUCCAAGAUUCUGGUCUGCGAGGGUGAGAUGGAGAGAGCUCAAGGUCAGCUGGAGGCAGAGAUGCAGAGUCUGGAGGAAGAGAAGAACCGAGUGAUCGAGGAAGCGUUCAUCAGAGCCGAGAGCGAGAUGAAGGCCGUCCAUGAGAAUCUCGCAGGUGUGCGCAUGAACCUCCUGACCCUGCAGCCGGCUCUGAGGACCCUCACCUGCGAUUACAACUGUCUGAAGAGGCAGGUGCAAGACUUCCCUUACAUGCUAGAGAAAGCCAUCACUGAAGCAAAACAGGAGAUCUGUCAGGUGAUUGGAGAGGUGAGCAGCGCAAAUCAGGAACUGCUGAGGAAAUAUAAACGUGAGAUGAACCUGAGGAAGAAAUGCCAUAAUGAGCUUGUGCGCCUUAAGGGUAACAUCCGGGUGUUGUGUCGAGUGCGGCCCAUCUGCCCCGGAGAAAGAGAUGCCACCGACACCAAAAACCUAGUGACCUUUGAUGUAGAUGACGAUGCUGUUCUUUACUUGUCCAACAAGGGCAAGCUCAUGACCUUUGAACUUGACAAAGUCUUUCCCCCUCAGGCUACUCAGGAGGAGGUGUUCCAGGAAGUGCAGUCUUUGGUCACUUCCUGUAUUGAUGGCUUUAAUGUAUGCAUCUUUGCCUAUGGGCAGACAGGCUCUGGAAAGACCUACACUAUGGAGGGGGUCCCAACAGACCCUGGCAUUAACCAGCGUGCUCUGCGGCUGCUCUUCUCUGAAGUGUCGGAAAAGAAACCCGACUGGGACUACAAGAUCACCGUUAGCAUGGUGGAAAUCUACAAUGAGACGCUUCGAAAUCUUUUGGGUGAUAAUCCGAAUGAGAAGCUUGAUAUAAAGAUGUGUCCAGAUGGGAGCGGACAGUUGUAUGUGCCAGGACUGACAGAGUUCGCAGUGGAGAGCGUGGAGGACAUUAACAAGGUGUUCGAACUGGGUCACAUGAACAGGGCAACAGCGUGCACUAAUCUAAACGAGCACAGCUCUCGCUCUCACGCCCUCCUUAUCAUCACUGUAGUGGGGUUCAACUCUUCAACAGGCCACCGUACCUCAGGUAAGCUGAAUCUGGUAGAUCUGGCCGGCUCUGAGCGAAUUGCCAAAUCUGGUGCCGAGGGCAGCCGUCUGCGCGAAGCUCAAUGCAUCAACAAAUCCCUGUCUGCUCUGGGUGACGUCAUCAACGCCCUUCGCUCCAAACACUCGCACGUGCCCUUCCGAAACUCUCGCCUCACGUACCUGCUGCAGGACUCGCUCAGUGGAGACAGUAAAACCCUCAUGAUGGUGCAGGUGUCUCCUCUAGAGAGUAACAUCAACGAGUCUGUCUGCUCUUUGAAGUUUGCUCAGCGCGUCCGGACUGUUGAGAUCGGCUCGUCGUCUUCCUCACGACGACAAGCAGAGAAUUCAUCUACAUCCUCUUCACCCACCCAUGACAGCGUGGAGCUGGAUUCUCCUCCUGUGACCCCAGUCCCACUUCCCAUCUCAAGAGCCAGUAGCGCAGGUUCAACGCUCUCCUCCACCUCUAAAAGCAGCAGCCGCCGAAGAUCCCACAGUCAGCUUUCCACAGACAGACAGGUAGACAGAAGCAGCCCAUUGGUUGGGGACGGUGGGCAGGUAGGUGGGGUUUUAUGUGGUUGGUCGCUUGGCAUGAAAACGCUCAGCAUGGCAUGGUGCCCUACGCGUCACCCCGUCAAUGCCCACCCAUCUAACACAGCGCCUUUAACCCCAAGAAGCUUUUUGACGAACGAAGUUGACAGCAUGACAGACACCUCAGAAACGGGCCACGGAGAGCUGCCUGCCUUCAGUGCCGUUCGUUCUUCAAACCUCUCAACCAAUCAGCUUCCUCAUUGAGGAUUCUACCAAUAAAAAACCUGCAUUAUAAUUUGGCUUGAAUCAGGGUUUGUGUUGGAAACCACGCCAAUGGGACCUCAACUGAAUUGACAUUUAUUGGACGUGAUUUAAUAUAACGCUGACCUCCCGACAUGGACUGCUGAAGAUCCUUCCGUUACGUCAAAGUAUUUCUGGGCAAUAUGCACUUUAGUCUGGUCCAGGCUGUCAUUUGUAGUGUUAAUGUUACAUAAAUGCAUUUGAUUUAUAGAUGCUUGAAUGUACGUGUAUGUAAAUGUUCGUGUGUCCGAGCAAGAUUUUAAUUUGGAUUCUUUUUCAGUCUCUCCUUUAUCUUCUGAAACAACUUAAACAUUUACAGCUUUGAAAACUGUGUUUAAUCGUGGCAAUAAGAAGUAAUGCAAAGUUCGCUCUCUACGUAGCAUUUUAUUUUUGUACAUAUAAUCUUAAAGGCUACUUAAGCCUGGAUGUGUCUUCCUGAUACAUGCAUGUGUUGAAACGAUCAGAACGUGCUCUUAUUCAUUCAUUUUUAUGACAAUCAUAAAAGAUUUUUGUGCAGUGAAGUCGAACCAUGACGGUAUACAGUGUUUGCUAAACUAAAGAGCAAUAGGACUGGAUUUGUAAAUAGAAAUGGGUUCAUAUGAGCUAACAGUACAUCUACAGUGGACGUGUUGUUGAACUGUAAUAAUCCACUGAGCAAAAGCUGCUGUCUGUGGCUCUGAGGGUUUGCUUGCUUGUAUUCACAUUGAUGUUUGUAUGGAGUUGUUUUUGUACACUGUUUUUAAUAAAUGCUCUAAGCCAACGUUUGGCAGAAAUUA